AUGAAGGUGCUCAGCCCAGAGGAGGAAAAGGCGCACUACGCGGCCGUGGUCAAGGGCGGCCUCAUUGGCGGCUCGGCCGGUCUCGCCCUCGGCCUCGGCGGCGUCCUCUUCGCGUCGCGCCGCUACCCGGCCUUUCGCGGGCUGACGCUGCCCUUCCGCGCCUUCCUCGUCACCUCGACGGGCACCUUUGGCGCCAUUGUCAACGCCGACCGCUUCAGCGUCCAGUUCCAGCGCGACCAGCACCCGGAGUCGCGCUACCGCGACAGCAGCGCCCGCGCCGCCGACAUCAUCCGCGAGAACGAGACGGCCUACCGCCGCUUCCUCGCCUGGGGCCGCGAGAACCGCUACAGCAUCGUCUUCGCCUCGUGGGUCGCCAGCAUGGCCGUCGCCCUUGCCCUCGUCGGCCGCGCCCCCAUGAGCACCUCGCAGAAGCUCGUCCAGGCCCGCGUCUACGCCCAGGGUCUCACCCUCGCCGUCCUCGUCGUCUCCGCCGCCUUUGAGAUGAAUGACGCAAAGAAGGGCAGCGGCCGCUGGGAGACGGUCAUGGUACUCGACCCCAACGACCCGGAGCACAAACACCUCAUCGAGAAGAAGAUUCACAAGGAGGAGUACGAGGGCCAGGACCUCUGGAAGGACAUGGUCGAGGCCGAGGAGCGACGGAUGCAGGCCAACAAGGCCGGCACCAACAAGGCCGGCAACAACAAGUCAUGA